UCUCCUGAUCACUCUGGACAAGCCAGGGUGUAUUGUGGAGUGGCUGCAAUCAGAAGAAGAGGGGGAGGAAGGCCAUCACUAAGUAAUCCAGGUUGGAGUUGGAAAACAAAGUUGAAGUUACUCAUUAGCAGGCUCAAGGGUCAAGGGUCAAGGCAAGGGGGCUGGAAGCUGAGUGGACUGAGCAGCUAGCCCGGGAGAGAGCAGUUAAGGCAUCAGCCACUCCACGCAGCGUGCCAGCUCCCUCUUGCCUAAAGAUGUUCCAUCAGGUCUGGGCAGCUCUACUCUACUUUUAUGGCCUUCUCUACCAGUGCCCCGAGCACAGUCAACUGACCGCUCAGGGAGUGGAUGGGAAAGAGUUCCCAGAGCCCCACCUGGGCCAGUGGUACUUUAUCGCAGGGGCAGCUCCCACCAAGGAAGAGUUGGCGACUUUUGAGCCUGUGGACAACAUUGUCUUCAACAUGGCUACGGGCUCUGCUCCCAUGAAGCUGCAGCUUCGCGCUACCAUACGCAUGAAAAAUGGACAAUGUGUGCCUCGGGAAUGGACCUAUCACCUGACUGAAGGGAGCACAGAUCUCAGAACGGAAGGCCGCCCUGACAUGAAGACCAAACUCUUCACCAGCUCAUGCCCAGAUGGAAUCAUGCUGAAAGAGACAGGCCAGGGUUACCAGCGUUUCCUCUUCUACAAUCGCUCACCACACCCUCCAGAGAAGUGUGUGGAGGAAUUCCAGUCUCUGACCUCCUGCCUGGACUCUAAGGCCUUCUUACUGACUCCCAGGAAUCAAGAGGCCUGUGAACUGAACAGCAACUGACCUGCGACUUCAUCUGUCCCUCCAGAUGGAUAUGGUGGGAGCUGACAUCAUGAUGGGGGGAAGAGAAGCUGGAGACUCCAAACCCCCUUUCAAGGUUAAUAAAAAUGGGUUUUCAAUUUUCACCUCAU